AUGUCAACUAGAUCCGAUCACUUGGCUAUUGGUUACCCGCCCCAAUCUGCCACACAGCCCCAGUCGACUUCUCCAUCCACAAACAACACAUCCCCCAUUGAUUCUGCCGCUGGUUCCUCGGUCAGAUCUCCGUUCGGCCUGCCAGGCAGUUUGAACCACACCAGCAAGAUGGCUAGCACUUCGCGAUCAGGGACUGGCUCUCCGUCGCACGAGAUGCCCGGUUCCAGCAGGCUGUUCUCCAAGAGAGCCCGGGAAAUCCAAGCUCAGGAAGGCGUCCCAGGACUGCCGUUAAAUCCUUGGGGUGGUCCGCCCACCAGCGGCAACUCCACGCCUCUCCGCGAGAACAUCCCCGAAUCACCAACCGAUGGCUUCCCCGACUUUGCUCAGCUCCCUACACCUGAUUCUCUGCCUCAGGCGAGACGCGCUCGUGCAGGUACCGUUCCUUCGCGGUUCUCGCCCGGUGGUGUGGGCAACGGCCUGCUCAGCGUCCCCGCGAUGGCUCCCAAGUCAUCCCGACCGACGCCCUCCCACAGCCCUUUCAAGUCCUCAUCUCCCGGCCUCGAGCCGACCGAAACUGCGUCCAAUAACUCGGCGCUGCUUUCACGUCUUCGUGCAGGAUCGAUGCCUCAGCGCAGCCCUUUCGCGCAGAUUCCAGGCACCAGCUCACCCUUCGGACCCUCCAUUUUCAGCAGCUGGAACCCCACCGGAACCGGUCGUGACCGCGGAAUGACACUUGCCAGCAUUGCGAGCAUUGGCUCUACUAACGGCCCAAGCUCGCCAACACAGUCUCAGAUCUCCAGAGAAGGUGGCGGAGAGAGUGAUGUCCAUAUGAGGACGCUUGAUUACCUUGGACUGGCGGAGACCCCACAGCCCCCUCGCGCGCAGUUGGCGACUCCGUACAUCCCAAGCUUCAACGGUUUUACUAAGGCUAACCGUUUCCGUUCGUACUCUGUUAACAACAAGGACAAGUACGCCGACGAAGAGGAGGAUGACUUUGAGGACAACAUGACUCUUGAAAGCCAGUAUGUUGCCCAUCUUCAGGACCAGCUCGCGGCCACGAACGCAGCGAUUCACAGCCACAACUUGGCCGUGCAAGCGUUCGCUAGUCAAGCGACUCGUCCCCGAGCUCGCACUGCUGGUGUUCUUGACACUCCUGGAUCCCGACUUAUGCGCACCUAUCUCUCUGGCAACGUCGGUAUGGGCAACGCUGUCCCUCCCGCCGAGAUCCGUCUGCCAGAUGAGAAAGAAUUUGACGACUUGCCUCAGGCUGUUGCUGCUAUGAACCUUGGACGGUCAAGCAGCCGCAACGCAAAUUUGCUCAAUGCCGAAGACCAAGGCCUCGAGGGGCCCACGAGCGCGCUCUGGCUAGGCAGCAUUCCUACAUCUACCACCACGUCGACUCUGACCGAGAUGUUCAAGUCGUAUGGUCCUAUUCUGUCUGCUCGUGUCCUUACACACAAGAACUGCGGCUUCGUGAAUUUUGAGCGCAUGGAGAGUGCCAUCACUGCCAAGGCUAGCAUGAACGGCAAGGAAAUCUUUCCUGGAGCUGGCCCAAUCCGCAUCAACUUUGCCAAGCCUCCGUCUGCCUCAAACACUCCUGGCCACGAUGGUGUCUUCCCAUCUCCCAGCCCCGACCCUUUUGCGAAGAACCAGGACAGCGUAUCUGGCGGCGCCUCCGGUGCUGCCGCUGACAAUGCCCCCGCGGCCGCCCAGCCGGCGAACGCUGCUCCAACCGUCCCCCCUCUGCCCGAGAUGACGAGCGACAUCAUGCGCAUCGUGAAGCAGUUCCAGGCCUCUGACGAUGAUUCCGCCAAAAUCUCCCAAAGUCUCCAAUCUGCCAUCCAAUUCACCAACUUCAUUGAUGAGAUCCCUCCCAUCCGGGAGCCCGCCCACACACGUGUUCACGACGCCCCGAGACUCAGGGACAUCAGGAAGCGAAUCGACAACCAGAGCUUGUCCCAGGCCGAGAUCGAAACUACUGCUCUUGACAUGCUACCCGAAAUUGCUGAGCUGUCCUCGGACUACCUCGGUAACACCGUCGUGCAGAAGCUCUUCGAGCACUGCUCCGAUGACCUCCGGGAUGCUAUGCUUGCUGAGAUUGCACCUCAUAUGGCAGAAAUUGGUGUGCACAAGAACGGUACCUGGGCUGCCCAGAAAAUCAUUGACGUCUGCAAGACUCCUCACCAGAUGUCCUUGAUCGUAGAGCACCUGCGACCCUAUACCAUCCCGCUUUUCCUGGACCAGUACGGCAACUAUGUUCUCCAAGGAUGUCUCAAGUUCGGCUCACCCUACAAUGAUUUCAUCUUCGAGACCAUGCUUAGCCGUAUGUGGGAGGUUUCUCAGGGUCGCUAUGGUGCUCGCGCCAUGCGCGCCUGCUUGGAGAGCCACCAUGCUACCAAGGAGCAGCAGCGCAUGCUCGCUGCCGCCAUUGCCCUGCACAGUGUACAACUUGCGACCAAUGCUAACGGAGCCUUGCUUCUGACCUGGUUUUUGGACACCUGCACGUUCCCUCAGCGCCGGACUGUUUUGUCACCACAGCUCGUUCCCUGUCUGGUCCACUUGUGCACGCACAAGGUCGCGUACCUCACGGUGUUGAAGGUUAUUAAUCAAAAGGCCGAGCCCGAGGCACGGGAUACGAUCCUCAAGGCUCUAUUCUUCACACCCAAUGACCAGGUUCUUGAGGCGAUCUUGAGUGAUCAUGCCUGCGGUGCGACCCUGAUUUUCAAGGUCCUCACUACGCCCUUUUUCGAUGAGAGCAUCCGCAGCCAGGUUGUCGAGAACGUAAAGAACGUAUUGGUUCGUAUCAAGGCUCAGCCGGGCCAAGGCUACAAGCGCCUGAUGGACGAGGUUGGCCUGUCUACCCGCAACAGCGGCGGAGGUGCCCGCGACCAUGGACACGGAAGCAACAACAACAACAACAGCAGCAGCAACAACAAUGAGCCGCGACAGCGACCGGCCUCUCGCCAGGCCAACAUGAACAGCCACCACCAGCAGGGGGCUCACAUGAACAAGCAGCAAUUCUACAACCCGCUGAACGCGCCUGUCAAUGCGCCCAACUAUGAGUUGGGCUUUGGCGGUCAACGCAAUGAGCCUGCUGACUCCAACAUGCCGCCCUUCCCUCCGUAUGGUGCGCAGAACUCAUUGUACAACCCGUCGAACUCACCGAUGCCGACUCCUGCCAACUUGCAACAGUUGCAAUACCAGCAGAACAUGCUGAACCGCGCCACGCCACCCAUCAACAAUUUUUUCCCCCAGAUGCAGGCAGGCUUUGGCGGCUACAACAGCCCGAGUCCGUCAAUCGACCAGUACCGUAGCCAGAACUUGGCCAAUGGCAGCCCCAUCCAGCCGCCGACCCAACUUCCUCAGAUGCCUCCCGGUCAGGCACCGUACGCACCUCCUGGAUUUGGUAUGAACAUGGGCAUGGGAGGGUUCGGCUAUGGCAACAUGGGUGGCGGUGGUGGCAUGCAGAACAUGGGAUACAUGCAACAGGAGCAGGUCAAUGGAAGACGUGGCCGAGUAGGUCAACCCCUGCCUACCCCCAUUGGUGUCAAGAGACAUCACUAA